AACGGUCACUCUCAACCAAAACCAAAACAACGUGCUGCGGAAUAUAAUAGUUUUUAUAUUACUUUACUGAUAAACAAAGGAUUUUAAAAAUGCCCCAGGGAAAAUUUAAGAAGGCAAAGCUGCCCGCAUCCAUACAGAAAAAGAAAAACCAAAAACAAGCUGCCUUCACCCGCCGUUCAAAUGCCCCCAUUCAGGCGAAGAAGGCCAAGUUCAAUGAGACCCAGAAGAUCAAGUCCGUCAUCUCGAAGUCGGUCAACAAGAGUGUGGAGAGCGAACUGCGAUCCCGAGCCCACGAGGGCUACAUCCAGUUGAGCAAGGCGCAGGAGGCGGUGGCCAAGCACCACGCCUCCCAGGCGAAGGCGGCUGCGGCGGCCAGCACCGCCAAAGCCACAGAAUAGUUUACUUUACGCCUAAGCUCAUUGUUGAUAACCCAAGGACCUGCAUAUUUGAUAGUAAACCUUUUUAAACCGAUUCCAAUGUUGCAGUUUCUAAUCAAAGAAGGAGGAAUCGAGGUUUGAUAUCCAAGAGACUCUUAAAAACCUUACAUAUUAUAUCCAUGGCUAUAGUUUCGGAUCAACUUAUGAGAUCUCAUGAUUCUUAACGAGUAGCCUUAGCACAAAUGCAUAAGGACCUUUUAACACCGAAGUACCAUUUUGUGUUCUAACAACUGCAUAAUUUGUGCUUAAAACACAGCAAACUAGCAGAAUAUUUUCAAUUGCACCUCUAUAUGCAAGGUUGAUUCUGGUAUCAACGGAAGACCUUUAUAAUUCAUAAUAAAACAUUUUUAAAGUAA